UGUCUCGCGCGCGUUUUGCCGCCCCCCCAUUUCCAAUUGGAGAAACCCCCGAAUGUGAAUUUUGUAUAAUGUUUUUGUAAUUACAUACAUGGAUAUCUCAUGUUGAGAUUUUCAGCCAAGCGAAUGAAAAUGCAAGCGGUAUCCCGAAAAUCGCUGUUUACCUGUGUGCGAGUGCAAAAUUAGCAGAAAAAGAAGAAGAGAUAAAAGUGAAAACAAAUAAAUAGUAAGGAACGGUGUGCUAAAGCACGAGAGCAAAAGGAGACUGCAAAGCAGACGCAGAGGCGUAGUGCAACGAACCCUUCUCCGCGGACCAAGGAUUCACCACUUACCACUAGCCAGUAAUAAAAAAAACAAUAUAACAAACCCUCCCCCACCUACAAAUAUUGCUCCUGGGUGUGUUCUCCUAUGUCCCGUUGACUCAUCGUUCCCAGGAAGCUGAACAACGGUAUAGCUGCUAUAGCAGCCCACAGAAGCCCAGAAUAAAAAGAGCAGCAGGAAUAUCGAUUUUACUUGCCUUUACUUAUACACCACCCCCACUUCCCCCACAUCCAUUGAACUGCACUUGGGUGUAAAAAUAAAACACCAGAAGCCAUCAAAGGAGCCGUGUAUAUUAAGGCAAACAGAAGAAAGGAGAAGAGGAUAACGUAUAGGAAAAACCUAGCAGUGCAUCACCGGGAAUCUCAGCCACAUUUCUCAAGGAACAAAAGCCAAUCUCAAAUGAAUUUCACAAGUCGCGCCAACUGCAAAUGCCCGCAUAGCCAAAAGCACCAGCAGAAGCCCGCUCUGAUCAAGAGCCACACCUGCGCCUAUCAGCUGCAGGAUCUGACAGGAUAUAACCGCGCCCUAAUGCCUCCGCUGGAUAAUACCGAUUUUAGUAGUGCCUGGCGGCUGGUGAAUAACAACACUACCAGCCAGUCCUGCGCCUACCAUCAGCAGCAGCAGGAGGAUACAAAGGAUCAGAAGAGGCAGUACCACCAUCACACAUGUCCAAGGCAGAGGAAAAAGUCGUUGAUCACAGCUGAGCCAACUCACAAGUGCCAAAAACACCAGGAAACGCCGCAGCGUCGAUCCCGAUCUGCAUCGGCCAAACCGAGAAGGAACAGCUCGUAUCACUCAUAUGAUGAUCUGGAUGUUUCAUCAGCGGUCCUUAAUGCGGAAAGAAAGGUGGUGGCCAGCCUGAAGUACCUGUGUGCCUGCACAGGUGCCACUCUAAGGAAUCUCUCCAAGAAGACCAAAGAUCUGCACGCCAAAAACUAUACCUACACGAAGCCCACGUGGCGCCUUUGGGGCGAAGAGCAUGACAAGAAUGCAAUUUUCACCGUGUACCUGAAAAAGGUGCGAUACCACCGACCCACGCCCACCGCCAGCAAUGACUCGGAUGAUGAGAUUUCCCAUUUGGAGUGGGAGACAGUGCGAGUGCGCUUCGUGAAGGCGGCCACAUUGGCCCGAUUGGUGGAGGCCCUGGCCACCGACGAUGGGGAGCUGGAGUCCACCUUCAUCAACGUCUUCCUGUCCACCUACCGCACCUUCUCCACGCCCAAGCAGGUGCUGAGUUUGCUGACGCAGCGCUACGAUACUCUGCACGAGAAGCACCUGGAGGAGGUGGAGCAGGCGCAGCAGAAUGGCCAGGCCAUGGAUCCCGCCUAUGAUCCCCAUGCGUCCAUCCAUGAGCAGCACAAGAAAACCCUGGUCUCGGCGCUGCACGUCUGGCUAGAUGGAUUCCCGGAGGAUUGGCAUCAGGACAAUCUGCAGCAGAUCUUGACCUUUGCCUCCAAGCGACUGAAACGAUCCGAUCUGUACAUUAAGGUGGUUAAUCGUCUGGAGCGGCUCCUCCGAACUGCCUAUGGAAAUGGAGGAGGAGGCGGCGGUGGUGGCUCAGAGGGCAAUGGUCUUUCAUGGCUCUCUGCGGCGGGUUCGCAACAGAUGCAGCAAUUCAUGAUACCCACGCACUACGGCUCAUCGUAUGACCUGCCGGAUCAGUUCAAUGGCAUGUAUCUCACGCCAAUGGUCCAUGGGCCCAUCUACCGCGGACCCACCCACUUCCUGCAGGCCUUCCGCUUUCCACACGUACCCGUGCGGCACUUUGCCGAGCAAUUGACCCGGAUGGACUCGGAACUCUUUAAGCGACUGAUCCCUCACCAAUGCCUCGGGCACACUUGGGCCCGACGGGAUAGUGGAGGAUCGGAGACUGUGGUGGCCACCAUCAACCAGUUCAAUGCGGUGCUCUUCAGGGUGGUGUCUAGCAUCCUAAUCGAUCGCCUGAAGCCUCAGGAGCGCGCUCUAAACAUUUCACGUUGGAUUGAUAUUGCCCAGGAGCUGCGUAUGCUCAAGAACUUUAGUUCGCUCAAGGCCAUUAUAUCUGCCCUUAAUUCCAAUUCCAUAUACCGCCUCUCCAAGAUCUGGGAAGUGCUGCCUAAAGAAAGGAUGGAAGUCUUUACGGAGCUGGCGAAUAUUUGCUCAGAGGACAACAAUGCGUGGACCCUGAGAGAAGUGUUAAAACGCGAGGGUACAGCCAAGAAUCCCGAUCCUGGAAGACAGAGUGACCAGAGCGAUAGGCACCUUCAGAAGCUCAUUCUGAAUUUAGGAACUCAGACAUCCCACGGAACGAUACCCUAUCUGGGUACUUUCCUCACCGAUCUGACCAUGAUCCAUACGGCCAAUCCGGACUACCUCACCGAGGAUAAGCUCAUCAACUUCGACAAGAAGCGCAAAGAAUUCGAGGUGCUGGCCCAGAUAAAGUUGCUACAGGGAGCGGCGAACACUUAUAAUCUCCAGGGAGAUGCCCUGUUUGAUCAUUGGUUCAACUCGAUGCCGGUUUUCGAUGAGCGGGAGGCCUUCGAGCUGAGUUGCCGACUGGAACCACCACCGCCGGCGCCCCGCAAAUCGGUGGUCAGCACUAACACCUCGUUGACAAACACGACCGCCUCAUCGACGGCCUCUAUAAUAGGCCACCGGAAGACUGACUCCAUACACUCCAACUCGAGCAGCGGUGCGGGAUCGCAGUUCUACUGCGAACUGAACAGCAGCACCAGCUCCAGGCACAAUUCCCUGGACAGAGAUGCCCACCAUCAACACGCCUCCUUAAUGUCCGCCUCGAGUAGUGUGUCCAAUCUAUCGUUGGAUUCCAGUAACUCUGGCGGUCGACAGUCUGGGAAACUGACGCACUCCCAGUCCAUGGGAAAUGGCCUGAAAUCGCAUGGGAAUGGCACUACGAAUGGUGGAUCACCCCAUAUCAACGCCCAGCUGGUGCAGCCAUCGAGUGGAACUCCCCAGUCCGCUCCGGAUUUCUAUAUCAUCCGGGUUACCUACGAAACGGAUAAUAUCGAGCUGGACGGAAUUGUGUUGUACAAGAGCAUUAUGCUGGGAAAUAACGAGCGAACGCCGCAGGUGAUACGAAAUGCUAUGCUAAAAUUGGGACUGGAGGAUGAUCCGGAUAGGUAUACGCUGGCCCAGGUUCUGCCCGAUAAAGAACUGGUAAUGCCGAAGAAUGCGAAUGUCUACUAUGCGGUGAACACGACCUACAACCUCAACUUUAUCCUGAGACCGCGAAAGGAAGAGGGCGUGGCCGGAAGCUAGUCCACAGCCGUGCCCCUGUCCCAAUUAUGGUGUCUGGGAUACGAGGGCGAGUAGUGAGGUUUGAGGAUUACAUUUUGGUAGGAGUCGGAAAUUGUAUGUAAAUAGCUAGAGCUUGACUCGCCCAUGACAAAACUGGAUAAACCAAUUUCUAUUUAGGUUCGUAAUUUGUUUAAGUUAUUUAUUGAGAAGUGAUGGAAUAGUAGAAGAAAUUAUUUCGAAUACUGAUUAUAUUUCGAUUUAUGUCUUUCGAUUCAAACCUGUCAAUUAGCACUUAGCAAACUUUUGUAAUCUCUUAUUUUUCCCAGCCCUAGAGUUUAUUGUAUAAGUAUAUCGAAAAUCCAAUCCAAAACAUAUAUUAAUAUAGAGACUCUACUGGAAUAUUUGCUGAUAUUUACAAACACACACACACAUACUUAUAUACAACAAUUGAUAUUCUAAAUGUGGUACAAUAAUUUGGGAUCUUGAAACGGAUAUUGAGUUGGUUUAAGGAUCCUCCUUGUCAGAACUUUACUUUGAGGUCUUUCAAACACAAACAACUAAGCAUAUUUGUAUAGAUGUUUUUACCCACUGUACGUGUAUUAUAAAUACAAAUUAAACAAUAAGUACUAUUAGUAACUGUUUCCGUGUGGAGUGCACAACAACAAAUAAUAAUUAUUGAUAAAUUUAGGCGGUUAAGAUACUGUAUUUCAGAUUUUGUAAGUUAUCUACAUUGAAAAUUAGAGUACGAAACAAUUAUACAUUUAUGGAAUACCCUAAGAAUCUAUUUUGAUUUAUACAUAUUAAAUAUGCUAGUUAUUUAAAUGCGAAAUGAAGUAAGCAAAAGAGGAAAAACAGAGAAAUAUUGUAAAUAUAUAAAUGAAAUGCUAUAAUUUGCGUUCUUCUGAAAAAUAAAUUGUACCAAAAGAAAAC